AUGGAAGCACUUCCACUACUAGUAUUAGAGCUAGUGUAUGAAUACCUGGGGCAAUGUGAACCUCACAGGGCCAGUUUGGUAGCUUUCGCGUCGGCUAGCAGGGUAUGCCGCGCUGCGGCUAGGCGAGAGCGCUUUUCCCGCCUGUCAAUCAACACAGACGACGCAGAAUUUGAUAAGAGAUUGGAAAGAUUGGAAUAUAUAUUGGAUCAAGCGAACAGCCGUGCUUAUAUUACGGUUCUGGAGCUCGGGACCGGUGCAGACGACCAAGCCAAGUGCGAGGAUAACAAGAAUAACGCCUUGUAUGUCUCAUGGACGAAACUUGCCCCCGACUUUUAUCCGGUAUCUUCCCUUCAAGCGUGGAAAUCAAGGAAUGAGCGUCGACCCGACGAAUACUGGCAACGGCUUGCGCAAUUUAUCUCUGGCCUCCACCUCAGAGACAUUAUAUGGAUGUCGACGGCGCAGUUACCUUGUUGUAUUCUCGCUGUGUUACAUAAGCAAAUGCCGGCUUGUCGGCUACACGUCCAUGGACUAGAUUUCCACAGCCUCCAUCAACAGGAUAUCCUUCAAGACAUUGAGGAAUCUGAUUACAUGCUAGCGACUUCUCCGUGUUUGUAUAACGUCAGUGUUCUCUACUCCAAGUAUGAUGCGACUGGUUGGGCAAACUACAACAGAGAGGCCACAUUGCAAUUGUCGGCUGGGCUAGCACCCAACCUGAAGCACGUCUCUAUGUGGGACAAUACACCACCACCAUCCGGGGAAAUUAUACGACAGAGGCCCACGCGACCCCAAUGGCAGGGGUUUCAUCCUCAGUCAGAUGGCGAAUGGUGUGAGAUACCCCAAGCUAAAGGUCAAAUUCAGGAUCUUGCUAUCAACGCCCUGUACGAAGUUUCUGGAUUAGAUUUGGCCUCUUGGGAGUGCCACACUGAUUUCUCUAUUCUGCGAUCUCUCCAGCUUGAAAGACUGAUGGAGUUGGAUGUUCUUAAAAGAUUAGCUGAUCUUGCAGAACAAGAUGGGCUCUCGCGCUUGAGAUCUCUGAGUCUACCAGCUAUCUCCGGUGAAUACGUGGAUCGUGUCGAUGCUGAAUCAAUAAUGACACGGCUCUGUGCAUCACUGCACCCUUUGGUCGAGCUUGGAAUUGUUGCGCCCGGACCCAUGAGCUUCGAGGCAAUACUUGAACGCCACGGCCACGGUCUACAAGUGCUUUGUAUUGAAGACUUCAUUCUUUCAGCACACCAGGUCAUCCAGCUGCGAGAUUCAUGCCCGAGAAUCAGAAAGCUGAGCAUUGAAAUGCUACGCUCUGCAGGUGAUCAUGUCGAGGUUCGAAUAUACCAGACCCUGGGCUCUAUGCGAUACCUGGAAAACCUAUCACUAAUGCUCAAAUGUACUGACUAUCGUGAGGAUGACGGGCCAGAUGCCCCUUGCAUCCUUGGGAUGCCUUCGAACGAUGAAGAAGAUCAAAAAGCGAUGGCAAUCGCCAUCCGCAAAGUUUUCAUCAACGCUGCUGUAGAUGAGAGUCUUGCACGAUCCAUCUUUCGACAAAUUUUGGCAACUCAUGCCUCGGUUAAAGCUGGCCUGCCUCCAAAGCUGGAUCUCAUACGUUUGCGGGUAGGCAUAGUAUCGGUACUUAACGACCAAAGGAUGGGCAUGGGUUUCGAAGGCGUUCUUGAAUGGAUAGCGAGAAGCUGGAUAUGCAGGCGUGACCCUCGAGACACACACCAAGACGAUGUCAAGAUUGAAGAAAUCAACAGUGACACCAGACUCCGCAAUAGCGAGCUGCUUGAAGAUGACAUGGAUGAAUUGAUGGAAAGCGAACAGUUUGCAGAUAUUUGGAAAUCCAUAUGGCCAGAGACAGGAGCAGGUUGGAAAGAAGAGUGGCAGAGUAUUCCGCUUACUAGUGCAAAAGACUAG